AUGGAAAGCACGUAUAGAGCAAAUGAUGCUGUGGCCACCUUGCAAGAAAUCUACGACAACCUUAACGGGUUUGCAAUUAAGGUGAAGUCUAUUGAUGGGUUCCAGGGUGGAGAAGAAGAUAUCAUAAUAAUAUCAACUGUGAGAUUUAAUAGUAGUGGCUCCAUUGGUUUUAUUAGAAGUUUGCAAAGAACUAAUGUUGCUCUGACCAGGGCACAGCACUGUUUGUGGAUCUUGGGAAAUGAAAGGACACUAUUUGAUAGCAAUUCAGUUUGGAAAGGAUUAGUUCUAGAUGCAAAGGAUCGUCAGCGCCUCUUCUCUGCUGAUGAAGACAGUGGUCUGUCGAAAACUAUUUUAGAUGUCAUGAAAGAACUGGAUCAACUUGAUGAUUUGCUCAAUGCAGAUAGUACUGUGUUCAAAAGUCAAAGAUGGAAGGUUCUUUUAAAUGACAAUUUCAAAAGAUCAUUUAAAAACAUGGUGACAUCUAGCAUGAAAAUGGCAGUGCUUAAUCUUUUAAUUAAGCUUGCUGGUGGAUGGAGACCUAAGAGAAAAGGUGUGGAUUUGGUGUGUGAAACUUCAUCACAGAUUGUGAAGCAGUUUAAGGUUGAAGGGUACUAUAUAGUCUGCACCAUUGACAUUCAGAAGGAGACGAAAUACACACAAGUGUUGAGGGCUUGGGAUUUAUUGUCUCUUGAUGGGGCUCGAAAAUUAUUGAAACGUCUUGAUGGCAUGUUUGCUAGGUAUACUGAUGAUUUUAUCAAUUUGUGCAAGCAGAAGUGCCUAGAUGGGGACUUGGAAGUUCCAAAAUCUUGGUCAGCUUCUUUAGAUCUUGUAAGGUUCAAGAAUCGUGGUGAAAGAUUGGCUGACAGCUCAAAUGACUGUGUGGUGGAUGGUGAAGAAUGAGGGUGAGCGCAAUAAAGCGAAGGCGAAUAACAAGUCCAAGAAACGCAAGGGAAAAGGUGGCCGCGGGAGGUGAUGCUUCCUUGCUUGGUUGCGUUGGAACCAUUUUAAUUCCCUUCCAUGUGUAAAACCCUUCCCUUUUGUUGCAUCGCAUGCUACUUUGGGGAUUAUAUUUUUUCAUAAUUACAUAAAG